AUGGCCCCGAUCAAGUCCAUCGAAUAUUUUCGGGUAAAGCCCCGCUGGCUGUUUGUGAAGAUUGUUGACGAAGAUGGGAAUAUGGGCUGGGGUGAAGGCACACUCGAGGGUCAUUCACUGGCAGUAGAAGGCGCGCUGAGUGAGAUCAUCACUCGUAUCAUUGGAUUUGAAGCAGAUGAUAUCGAACAUAUUUGGCAAUUCAUCUGGCGACUAGGCUUCUAUCGAGGAGGACCGGUCUUCAUGUCCGCCCUCUCUGGCAUCGAUAUUGCCCUGUGGGAUCUCAAGGGACGCCGCCUGGGGGUACCGGUACACCAGUUGUUGGGUGGUAAAGUCCGUGACAAGGUUCAGGUGUAUUGCUGGAUCGGGGGUGAUCGCCCAAGCGACGUGGAAGCUAUGGCUAAAUCGCGACUUGCUCAGGGGCUUCGAUGUGUCAAAAUGAAUGCCACAGAGGAUCUGAAUUGGCUGGAUUCGCCGGCGACUCUCCAGUCUUGCGUGGAUCGUCUGAAGCAGGUCAAGGCACUUGGUCUGGAUGUGGGCCUUGACUUCCAUGGGCGAGUGCAUCGCCCGAUGGCGAAACAGCUGGCAAAGGCUCUGGAGCCCUACCAGCCUCUUUUCAUCGAAGAGCCUCUCCUCAGCGAGCACCCCGAAAGCAUCAAACAACUGUCCAACAGCACCACCAUUCCGAUCGCCCUGGGUGAGCGGUUGUACUCUCGAUGGGACGUCAAGAGGUUCUUGGAAGAUUGCUCGGUCGACAUUCUGCAACCUGAUCUGGCCCACGCGGGCGGUAUAUCCGAGACCAAACGCAUCGCAACGAUGGCCGAGGCGUAUGAUGUGGCUAUUGCGCCACACUGUCCAUUAGGUCCCAUCGCGCUGGCUGCGUCGAUGCAGAUCGCCAUCUCGACUCCUAACUUUGUCAUUCAAGAAAUGUCGCUGGGUAUUCACUACAAUACUGAGGCAGGCGAGAUCGACAUCACGAGCUAUUUGAUUGACAAGGCAGUGUUCGACAUUGAGGAGGGAUACGUUGCGGCUCUCUCAAAACCUGGACUUGGCGUUGAGAUUGACGAGGAAAUGGUGCGCAAAAUUAGCCAAGAGACAACUCCAUGGCAGCCAAAGGAGUUCUUUGGGCCGGACGGGUCCAUUCGGGAGUGGUAG